AUGGAAGGAAAAAGCAAAAACCUCUCUAGUACACGUUUUUGCCCAGAUGCGGAGAGAGAGAGAGAGAGACAGAGAGAGAGAUGGAAGAGGAAAAGGCUCAAAAUGCAGCAACAACAACAGCAACAACAGCUCCUCAUCUUCCAACAACUGCAGAAACAACAACAACAGCAACAGCAGCAGCAGCAGCAAGCGGCUAUCUCUCGUUUUCCUUCCAACAUCGACGCUCAUCUCAGACCUCCUGGCUUUCAACAACACCGCUCCAUCAACCCCCAACAACAACAACAACAACAACAACAACAAACCCCCAUUCCUAACCCUAACCCUAACCCUAACCCUAAUUCCAAUUCCAUCCCUAAUCAACAGCAAAAUCAAAACCCUAACUCAAAUCCACAACAACAACAGCAGCAGCAGCAGCAGCAACAGAAGGCAAUUCGACCCCCGGUGAAUCAGGCGGAGCUCCAGAUGGCGUACCAGGAUGCCUGGCGAGUCUGUCAUCCUGACUUCAAGCGCCCUUUCUCUUCCCUUGAAGACGCUUGCGAGAGAUUACUACCUUAUCAUGUGGUGGCAGAUUAUGAAGCUGAGGAGGAUGAUAGGAUCCUUGAUUCUGACACAACAGGACAGAUGCUGUCUCGUUCUCAACAGUGGGACCAUAACAUUGCUGCCAAAGUUGCAGAGUUCACAGCCACGUUUGAGAAACAGGCACUUGCCUUCAAUAUAAUUUCGCGCAAGCGAGCUCUUGGGGAAUUCAGAUCAGAGGAGAGGUUGAUGAUUGAGCAGGCUCUCCUACAAGAAGAAAGACGAGCCAUGUUUGAACUGAGGGCAGAAAUGGAGUCAAGGGAGAAAGUUGGUCGAGAAGCUCAUGAAGCUAAGUUGCGGAUGGCAGCCAUGGCUCAGAUGGAACAAGCUCGAGCUGAGUCACAGGCUCAUGCAGAAAUUAUGGCACGUGCUCCAAUACGAGGAAGUGCACUUGGGUCUCAAGGCAGUGAUGUUGCUGCAAUUGGUGGUCAUGAAGUGGGUGAGCAGGAGCAGGGAGUUAACGCUGAUGAAAUGAUUAACGGAUGGGGAAACAAUACACAGAGAGAGGAGAAAGAACCAUCUGAGGAUUUCUUGAAUGACGAAGAGACAGAGAAUGAAGAAACAAGCAUACAACAUGAGUGGCGUGAAGUGGGAGAGUUCGAUUUGAACACCAGAUGAACUUUGUGCGUGUUUUGUGAAGUUGAUCUUUGGCAGACAUGAAGUUUUAUUUUAGUGAAUACCAAGGUACUUUGAGUUGAGAUGGGUAGACUAGAAUAUUUGGAACAAAAAUUAUUAUCAAUGUUAUUUAAUCAUAUCUUAGUGGUGUGGGAAAAUAUAUUGGCUGCAUGGUUGUGCAGUUGAACAUGCUCUUUUGUUGGUGUUGGGUUUAAUGGUAGAUUACAAAUAUGUAGUUUAUCAUUUCA